ACACUCGAACCACCACCACCACCGCCACCACCACCUCACCUUCCCUCCCAGUGAGUUCCUAUCUCCCUAUCACCACCGUUGUGCUGAGAUAGCAUAACAGCAUUAAACACAUCUACUAUGUCUGGACGCGGCAAAGGUGGCAAGGGCCUCGGCAAGGGUGGUGCUAAGCGCCACCGCAAGAUUUUGCGCGACAAUAUCCAGGGUAUCACAAAGCCAGCUAUCCGGCGUCUCGCCCGUCGUGGUGGUGUGAAACGUAUCUCGGGCCUUAUCUACGAAGAGACCCGUGGUGUCCUGAAGAUCUUCCUGGAAAAUGUUAUCCGGGACUCCGUCACGUACACUGAACACGCCAAGAGGAAAACUGUCACGGCUCUCGAUGUUGUCUACGCACUGAAGCGUUCCGGCCGCACACUCUACGGUUUCGGCGCUUGAUCAUGGCUUCCCUUGCCUCUUGUUCCCCUGUACUUCUAUGAGCCUUGUUACAGUACUAUGACCGUAUUAUGCCGAUGCAAUCUAAGUUGCUUUGUUCAUGUCA